ACUCGCACCGGAAACGGUCUUGACAGGGAAAGAAGGCAUGUGUUUUGGCGCUACCGUCAUCCAUUGAGAAAUUCUGUUGAAUAUUGACUUAGAUUUGACUACACAAGAAUAAACAUGCCUUCAGACGCCAAAAAGAAGAGAGAUCAAAAGAAGAAAGAGGCUGCAAAACGAGGAAAGAAGAAGCCAACAGAAAAUGGGGUUGAAAAUGGAGAAGAUGGAGAAAACGAACCACAAACAAACGGAGUCCAGACAAAUGGUGCAACAAAUGGUGUUCAUGAGGUAACAAAAGAGAUGAUGGAUAUGGAUUUAAAAGCCAAACACAGAUCCGUGACGGGAGUGUUAGCUUCUCACCCUGACAGUCGUGAUGUCCAUAUACACAACUUAUCCCUCACCUUCCAUGGAGCCGAACUUAUUGUUGACACACGCUUAGAACUUAACGUUGGACGGCGAUAUGGAUUGAUUGGCCUAAAUGGAUGUGGAAAAUCUUCCUUGUUGUUUGCACUGGAGUGUCGAGAAGUACCCGUACCUGAUCAUGUGGACAUUUUCCAUCUGAGUCGUGAGAUGCCGCCCAGUGAAAAGACAGCCCUUCAGUGUGUGAUUGAGGUAGACAAAGAACGUUUGGCUCUGGAACAUGAGGCAGAGACCCUAGCCAGUGUAGACACAGAAGAGGCCCACGAACGGUUGAUGGAUGUGUACGACCGUUUGGAGGAAAUGGAUGCUGACAAAGCUGAGACUCGCGCUGGUUAUCUGCUCCAUGGUCUUGGAUUUACAAAAGAGAUGCAAUAUACUAAAGUGAAGAAUUUCUCGGGAGGAUGGCGGAUGAGGAUAGCUCUGGCCAGGGCUCUAUAUAUUAAACCCUCUCUGCUCCUACUCGACGAACCAACAAAUCAUCUCGAUCUCCAGGCCUGUGUCUGGCUAGAAGAAGAACUUCAACAAUACAAAAGAAUUUUAAUGGUGAUAUCCCACUCUCAGGAUUUCAUGAACGGUGUUUGUAACAACAUCAUACACUUCCACCAACAGAAACUCAAGUACUAUGGAGGUAACUACGACACCUACGUCCAGACAAGGUUUGAGUUGGAGGAAAAUCAACAGAAACGAUAUAAAUGGGAACAGGAUCAGAUAUCUCAUAUGAAGAAUUACAUUGCAAGGUUUGGACAUGGUAGUGCAAAACUGGCCAGGCAGGCCCAAAGUAAGGAGAAGACAUUGAAGAAAAUGGUGGAUGGUGGUCUAACAGAGAGAGUUGGUGCAGACAAGACAAUGGCAUUCUACUUCCCAAGCUGUGGUAAGAUUCCGCCACCAAUCAUUAUGGUACAACAUGUCAGCUUCAAAUACGCAGAUGACAAGCCGGAAAUCUACAAAAACCUCGACUUUGGGAUUGAUCUGGAUACACGGGUAGCUUUGGUCGGACCGAAUGGAGCAGGAAAAUCUACACUCCUCAAGUUGAUCGCUGGCGAAUUAAUACCAACAGACGGGCUCAUUCGACGACACUCACAUUUGAAGAUAGGACGCUAUCAUCAGCACUUGCAAGAACAGCUAGACUUGGACAUGUCUGCCCUGGACUGGAUGUUGAAAUGCUACCCUGAUAUCAAGGAGCGUGAGGAAAUGAGAAAAAUUAUCGGUCGUUAUGGUCUAUCAGGGAUGCAACAAGUAUGCCCCAUCAGAAACCUGUCUGAUGGACAGAGAUGUCGCGUGAUAUUCGCGUGGCUUGCCUGGCAGAAUCCUCAUCUGUUGAUGUUGGACGAACCUACUAACCAUUUGGACAUCGAGACCAUCGAUGCCUUGGCCGAGGCCAUCAAUGACUUUGAUGGCGGACUCAUGUUAGUUAGCCACGACUUCCGGCUGAUAUCACAGGUUGUUGAGGAAAUAUGGAUAUGCGAGAAACAGACGGUUACAAAAUGGGACGGCGAUAUAUUCUCUUACAAAACCAAGUUGACCCAAAUCGUGAAGAAGGACAAUGCAAAGCUUGCAAAAUUACAACCGGCUCAGAGGUUGAAAUGAUGACGGCUGUUUUUAGGAACAGAAUUUAGCACAAGUGUAUCUACUCCAUGGAAACAUAAGAAAUAUGUUUGAAACUUUUGUUUCCAUGUGUUUUAAUUAUUGGAGGACUUUGACAAGAUCUCUGAUGUGAUAAUACUGUGAACAAUUGUUAUAGCCAUGUUGUUGAUAUGACAGAUUUUUACCUGGCAUUUGAAAUCUAUACUGGUACAAAGCCCUGAUUGUCGGACUGGUUGGGUUUUACAUACCAGGUACUUACAUACUUUUAACUUAAAUUGUCUCUCCUUUGUACAGGAAAACUUUCUUAAGACAAGCAGGCUUGAUAAGUUUCUUCUCAUCACGAAGUAUAUUAAAAUCUGAAUUUUACUUAACCUCAUAAAUUUGAAAACCUAUCACGAAUAUUGCGUGUAACAAAUUGUUUCCUCUGGUCAUUUGAAACUCAUUUUAAGCUUGUUUUACUGUAUUAGAUUCAGAUCUGCUAUAGUCUGAAGUUUCAAGUUGACACUAGCCUCAACAAGACUUCUGAAGGAGUGAUAUUUAAGUAUAUACCUCGGGUUUAAGCCAAUGGAUUGUAAAGCCAUAGAAGUCGCCUCUUCACACAUUGUUUUAUUUUAACUGUACAGUAUUUGUGUCGGUCUUUGCAUGCAGUCAUAUAUCACAUGAAUCACUCGAAACUUAUUUAAAUUAUCUAGAAAAAUAACACUCCGACUGCUGUCUGUUUCGUUUAUAUAAAUCAAACUCUGCACUGUGGAAUUAAUUUAAUAUCCUUGUUGAACAAAGUCAUUAACAUUUGCUGCGAUAUGUAACAGUACAAUUUAACACAGUCAUCAUUAUUGUCUUUAUUUAUUUUUGUUGAUAAUUCACAUUUGAGCAUAUUUUGUCAUUUGAAAAUUGAAUGGGAUCAUCCCUGAAACUUAAUCAAUGCUGAAUCAGUGUGGUGUAUAAUCAUUACCAAUCAAAUCAGUUCUAUGAGUAUAUUACACAUCUAUACAGAUGAGUUGUCCGUCCUUCAUGCUUUGAAUAAAUUUUAUUUUUGGUUUGUGUGAGGAUAUACUGAAAUACACUCAGUUUUGAAAUGAAACAAAAAAUAUUUAAUUUGGUUUUGUAAUACAUCGUUUCAUUUGUGUUAUUACUCAUAAACCAAGUGCAUUUAUGAACAGCAUCAUGGGAAUGGGAAGUUAUACAUUUUGUUUCAUUGAAUUUUAAGUUAUUAGCCCACCAUCAUGAGAUGAUGACCUAAUCAAAUGGCUCUUUGUCCAGUAUCUGGUCGCCAACCCAUCCUUUAACAAUACUUGUUACAGCCAUUUCUCAUGAAGAGAGGGAUGUUAUUCCCUUUUCUCGGAUACAUUACAUAGGUUCCUCUUGUUUUCAAAUGAUUAAGAGGAAAAAUAAAGAAAAUAUCCGUCUUACAGAGAUCCAAUACAUGUCAUUUGAUUGUGGGCACCAAGGUCUUUCUGGGAUCUCUUGUUAAAAUGUAUAUUUGACAUGGCUUACAGUGGCUUUGAGAACACACUUCAUGAUACUUUUUGUUGUAUAAUAUAUAAUAAAGGUAAAUUCAAAGUUAACAUUACACUUCCUAAUACCAGCACAGGUCAUUAAGGAAUCAUUAAAUUGUCAUAUUUAUCCUAAAAUAAGCCCCCUCCCCUCGUGUAAAAGAUUUGUAGAACAUGAUUGGGAAGGACUUAUUUGGAACCAUUUCUAGCUUACUAUUUAAAAUCAUUAUUCUGCAAAAUUGAAGUUCACUUAUUUGUUGAUAAAUACAGUAAUAAUAAUGGAGGUGAAGAAAUGUAUUCUGGAUGUUUUUCGGUUGUGGGGCACAUGUUAGCUUUAGUGCAAUUGAGUGAUAGAUAACAGGGAAAUAAAAAGCAGAACUCUUUGUAAAUAAAGCAUUGCUAUGGCGACAGGUUUACAUGGAAAUACUUCAGGCCCUCAUCACUGAACUCUGGUUGUACAUCUCCUUGGAUAAUUGUCAAUUGUGUCUGAAUAAUGGAACUGCACCAUAAACUUGGAAAGUUUACAGUAUUAUUUUAAUACUAAUUACAUUCUAAUUUGGAUUGUGUAAUAGGAAGGAGUAUUAAAUGAAAAAUGCCCUGCCCAUGCCAGAUGGCUCUAUAGAAAGAAUGCCCCCCCCC